CAUUGGGCGGGGCUUUGUAGCACAAGAAUGGAGUCGAUCGGCGGGCAAACGUCUCAUUUCACGCAUUGAAAUGCAAUUUUCCCACGGACAUUUUUCAUAUUUUAGUAUUUUCACGCCACCGACGGUGACAAGGGACUAAACACGAAGGCGUACGCUUGUGUGAACAAAGAGGUGUGACUACACGCGGGAUUGUCCAACGAGAGUAAAUGAGAGGUAAAGGGAAAGAAGGGCCCGCCGUCGCAGCCGGAGAGCUUCGGGGAAAAGUGGGUAGCGCCGCCUGACGGACCGCCAGACGAACCGGGCAGCCGCUGUCAGGAAACCGCGGUGCCGAGAAACAGGUCUGCAAUAUCGGAGGGAGCGCCGCCAACAGCUCUCCAUAUGCCAUCGCACACUGUGUGCUCCGACACUGGCCUUCUGGAUGACACAAGUAGUCUUCAUUCAUUGUACACAGCAGAGAAGUUUCAGUUCAACACAUCAUAUUUCAUGAUACACCUGCAACCUACAUAAGAGACUUUAAUACACAGAAACACACACAGCAUGGCCGAGCAGCAGGAGGAUGAGGAGGGUGUGUAUGUGGAGCACCAGUACAUGUGCAGCGAGUGCCACCAGCUCUUCAACACCCUGGAGGAUGUGCUCAUCCACCAGCAGAUCCACACUGGCCAAGAGGGGGAAGGAGACGGGGAGGUCAUGCACUUCCAGGGUGUUCCAGAGAUGGGGCAAAACCAGCAGUACCAGUGUCUGGAGUGUGGGGCGCUCCUCAUGAACCCUGAAGAACUGCUGCAGCACCAGGAGAUGCACAUGAGAGAAGCGGGGAUGGAGGUGGAGCAUCAAGAGCUGUGUGAGGUUUUGGAGACAGAGGACGGGUCGGAGGGUCAGAUGUCGGGACCUGUUCAGUACCAGUGUCUCGACUGUCUGGCUCUUUUUGACUCGCCUGAGACCUGGCUGGAGCACCGGCGGACCCACAGCAGGAGCAGCACACACAGUAACACAGAGACCAUGGAGUACGUGCUACAGCCCGACGGCACCGUCACUCCACUGAACAACGUGCAGAACUACGUGCUGAGUGAGCAGCAGGCUGGGGAGAUCUUGGCUCAGGUACUCGCUCAGCAGCAGCAACAGCAGCAGCAGCAGCAGCAACAGCAGCAGCAGCAACAGAAGAAACACGAGUCUGUCUCCAAACCUGCUGCAUCCUCCCGUUCCGCCCUGCUGCCUCCAGUGACAGCGACCCCCGGCUCUGCCACCAUGCACCUGCAGAUCCUCACAGCUCAAGCUCUGGCAGACAACUCCACCAUGUCCAGUCAGCGCCGCUCAAAGCUGCCCCCUCUGUUGCCCGCUGUGGGCCGAGGCUCUUCGGGAAAGCUGGGGGUUCUGGAGAACGGGGUGCAGAGACUGGAGUUAAGGUUGGCCCCCGGCGUCCAGGAUGACACCCAGCAGCAGCAGCCAACAGAGCUGGUGGUCAUCCACCCUUAUGAGUGCUCUGAAUGCUCCCUUCUCUUCCAGACCCCGGAGGACUUCCUCCAGCACCAGGGAGAGCACUUCCUGUGUCAGGACAAAGAGAGCGGAGAGCCAGGCGUCAUGAGUGGCUUCGAGGAGGUGCGAGGGAGGGAAGAGACUACGGAGAAGGUGGAGGACAUUAGGAUUAGAGUAACAGAGAAGAAAGCAGCCGUCUGGGCCAAGCCCCAACAAUGUGAGCUCUGCAACCGCACCUUCACCUCCGUCAACCGGCUGGCUGCUCACAAACGCGUACACGAGCAGGGCACGCACGAGUGUCCAGAGUGUGGCAAGGUGUUCAAGAAGGCCACGUCACUGCAGACACACAUGCGCACACACUCGGGCGUGGCCAGGUACCUGUGUGUGGACUGUGGCAAUGGCUUCACCACUGAGAUGACUCUUAUAAUGCACAGGAAGUCCCACACUGCAGAUCCCCUUCACAAGUGUCAGUUCUGCAAUAAAACCUUCACCAACAUGACCAAGUACCUCUACCACCGCAGGACCCACCUCAACCGUGACUCAUCCGGCACACCCGCCCCCGUCUCCAUGGUCUCAGCCCCCAGAAGAGCGUCUCUCUCUGCCCUCGCCAUCCUACAGCGAGCAAGAGAGAAGAAUUCUCACACUAAUGAGGUGAAGAUCAACGUGCUGGCCCCUCUCACAGAGGAAGAGAUGGAAAAAUUGGGAGAUGAUCCAAAACAAAGUUCUCCGAGCAAAGUGGAAGGAGGUGAAGUGGAGAAGCAGGGGGAGGACAACAACAUGGAGGUGUGUGUCCCACUUGAAGGCAACACCAUUGAGCCUCAGCAGGAGAAGUCUGGCUUAGCUACAAACCCCGCUCCCCUGGAUGACACGGGUGGAGGAGUCACAGCUGCUCCAGCUGCAUCUUCAGACAAAGGGUCUUUUUCUUGUCGUUCAUGCUCUAAGACCUUUCCCUCGCAGCUGCAGCUCGUUCACCAUCGACGCAAGUCCCACGUCACCGAACGCAGCUUUGUUUGUGGCAUCUGUGGCAAGUCUUUUAAGAAGCAGAUCCACGUGCGCAACCACAUCCGCACUCAUACCGGAGAGCGGCCCUUCCAGUGUUCUGACUGCGGCAAAACCUUUUCAUCGCUAGCCAACCUGACGAGGCACACUCUGAUCCACUCUGGCGUGCGACCAUACCGCUGUGACGUCUGCCACCGCUCCUUCUCGCAGUCCUCAAACCUCCGUCAGCACAGCCUGCUGCACUCCAAUGCUGCAACGCUGUGCUGCCCGGACUGCCCUGCCACCUUUCGCUGGCCUACCAAGUUAGCUGCACAUCGCUACACUCAACAUCCGGGGGCUCCGGCCCCUUUCCCAUGUCCCCACUGUGAGGCCGGCUUCCUGACCAGGAGACAGAGAGACGGCCACUAUGUGGAGCAGCACCCCACCCUGGUGCAGGCUGGUACGGGGGUAGAAGUGGGCAAAGAGACAGACAACCAAGCAGAUCUGACCUCAAAGCCCUCCACCUCAACCACAGCAGAGACUGAAUCAGGGGAUUCAAGCAGCCUCGUGCGGGGGGGUCUAGAUUGUAAUAUUUGUGGGAAGAAGCUCAAUUCUCCUGCUAAUCUGAGACUUCACAGACUCAGCCACUUCGCCUUAGGCUCUGGGCGGCCGCGGUGCACCGCCGGGAAGCGGCCCAAAGCCCACCAGUGUCCUAUCUGUGGCAAACUGUUCGUGUCUUCCUCUGGAGUUGCACUUCACCAGCGGGUCCACACUGGCGAGCGCCCCUUUCCUUGCCAAGUGUGCGGCAAGCGCUUCCGUCAGAACACACACCUGCGAGAGCACCUGCGCACACACUCGGGUGAACGGCCGUUUCGCUGUGAAGUGUGCGGAAAGGGUUUCAUCCAGAGCAUGCACCUGGCUGAGCACCGCCGAACACACACGGGCGAACGGCCGCAUGUUUGUCCGCAGUGUGGCAAAGCCUUCAAGACCUUUUCUAAUCUGAGGAACCACAAGAAGACCCACGCCAGGCAGCAGAGGCUGGACGAAGAGGCUGCUGCCAUGGAGACCAGCUCUGCUGUGGCAGUGGUGGACGCUUCGGCAGUAGAACUAGCUAACGGGCAGCCUCAGAUCAUCCAGAUCCAAGCCGCCGACCUUCAGCAGGGCACUCCUACCAUCAUGUGUAAUGAGUUUGGGGAGACCAUAGCCAUCAUUGAGACGAGCGAGGGAGGCGUGCUGCCGCUGGAGCAGGCCUUGGAGAUCUAUCACACAGCUUUGGAGAACGGCCUCGCCAUGGACACGGUGGCUGUGGACGGACUGCAGCUCCUCUGAGUUCAGUCGCAAUGCGGACUCGAACAAAGACUAGUUGACGACUGAGAGGUUUGAGUGUUCAGACUUCACUGGACCCAGAUAUUUAAUUACUGGACAAGAAGUUAUAAAAUGUCAACAUUGAUAUUAAGUUCAGCAAACAGACCAAAGUAAUUAAUAUUCCCCUUUUUACAACGCUUAGAGGGAUCAGUAUUAAACUUUAGUGAAAUAAAUGUAUACUAAAACUUAAGGAUAUGGCAAUCAUUAUGAAUACAGACCGUCGGUUGUGCCUCAUGAAGUUUGUAUAAUUAAUUUUAUCAUUUAUAUACGAAAUGGAUGUGAUUCUUCUUCUGUUUAAAAGGUUUGGUCGUGCUGUUGUAAAUAAAUGAAAUCAAUAAAUGUUUUUUCAAAGCGAUGACACUG